GUUUGGUCCGUCUGCACGAUCAGUAGCGUAAACAAUCUUGAACUUGACAGUUUGUUGAAUGUAUCUAAAGCGCACACAACGUACAUCCCAACAGCAUCUCGCUCAAUUGCCGGUAUUUUUAACGUAAAAAUAAAAAAAAAUCGAAACGAACUAGAGAAAAAAUAGAAAAAAAUAUAUAUUGCAAAUCAAAUAACGCAAAACUACAUAAAACUAAAUAAAUAAAUAUUUAGAUUGUCUUGUGCAAUUGUAAGUUGUAAAAUAAAAAUAGUUUCUGGUGCACAGAUUUUUUUUUUUUGCAAAUUUACAAAGAAAAAAUAAAACAAACAAGGAAAUCAUAGCAUUAAAAAAGUGUCUAAAAAUAUUAAUUGCGGUAAUAUCUAGUGAAACGAAAAGAAGGCUUUAUAUUUGGAAAGAUAUUUUUAAUCUGGAGAAUCAAAUAAGUUUAAGUGUUUUAACUAAAGAAAAAAGUUAUAGCAAAAUGUGGGCUGCGAAAAAGUGUAACUCGUUCAAUUCCAUGUGGCUUAUAAUAACAGUAGUCACUGUUCUGUUGCCUUUAACACAGGCACAAGCAUAUCAUUUUAUAAUCGGUCAUCAUCAGCGUAACUUCGAUCAAUUGUAUCGGGAAUCAAAUAGUAGAACCUACGUAGCAGACACAAAUUAUACGGAUACAACUGCAGCUGAUUUGGAAAAUACAAAUUCAACAAUUAUUGUUACCACGGUACGUGAAUCAAACGAAUUAUCACAGACUGCCAUGGAUAUCAUAACGAUCGUUUGGUAUGUGGCCACUUUUUUGGCUUUGGCUGCCUUCUUUUUACUCAUGGCUUGCUCGGAUAGACGUUGUAGUGAUACCCAACGUAAUGCCAAUAUGAAUACAAAUGAAGCACCCAUACCACCACCCACGCCCUCACCUUCUUACAGUGAGUUUGCUCCACCCAGUUAUGACAGUGUCAUGAAAUUACAACAUCAAAGUAAAAAUACCAUAUUUGUCAUACCAUUUUCGGUGGAACAAACUGCUGCCAAAGAAGGUGUUAAUAACAGCACGAAUAACAGCACCAUACAACAACAACGACAACAACAACAACUAAUGCUAAUGAUCUGCCCUUAACUCCUAAUAUUAGUUUUUAUACCAUAAAUGAACUGCAAAAAUUAGAAAGUUAAUGUCAACGGAGAUUUAUUUUAACAAAAAUUUCUAAUUUUUUCCUUUUGAAAACCUUAAUGGAAAAAAUCUUCAAGAAACAUUUCUUAUAAAGAAUAUCUGUGAUAUUUUAGGGCAUUUCUUUAAAUCAAACAGUUUAACAUAAAGGUUGUUAGCAGCUGUUUAAGGAUUCUUUUAUACAUCAUUUAGCAAGGUUAAAGUCAAAUUCAUUUGUUCAUUAUUUUUGUAUUAUCUAGUUCCAAAGUGUCUGAGUACUUAAACAUUUUACUGUAUUAAGUGAAUAGCCAUAAGUAUUUGUAUUUAAGUUUAAAUAAUGAUAAGACUGAUUAAAGCAUAUUUUUAGUUAAGUAGUUGUCAUUUCGGUGCUUUAAACCAAUUUUGUAUUUAAGUUUAUUUUUUUUUGUAUUAGUUAGGAAAUAAAGUAUGUACUUAAA